UAAUAUAAGCAGUUUUACAGAACUUUUAACACAAAGGUUCACUCUGAGACAUUUGUAGGAGAAAGAAUAUUUUUCCCCCUUACUUGCUAUUGCUUGAAACUGCAGACAUGCUGCAAGCAAGCAAUCCCAAGCAAGUCACCAUCAAAAUGACCUCCCUGCUGCAUGAAAACCUGUGUGAAGUUCACACUCAGGCACCUCCUCCUAGCAAAGACUUCCAUCACUUGGCAGUCACAAAAAAUGAGGUCAUCUGGAAGUCAUGGGUAAUUUCUUUUCGACCUAAUCAAGAAAAGAUUGCCCCAAGAGAAGUGAAGAAGCUCCACAAAGAUUUUUUGUUGGAUGAACAAUUACACAAGCAAAUACAAAGCAUUUUUGGAAAGAAAAUGAUGAACUACUUUCUCAACUUAUGUCAAGGACACUAUGAUUUCCUAGUUCGAAUGCCUGAGAAUUUGAUCAUCUACAUCUUGUCAUUCCUUAAUAUAGAGGAUAUUAGGCAGUUCUCGAAAACAUGCAAAAGAUUUUGGCAGUUGUGCAAUACUGAAGAUUUUUGGGAAAGAAUAAAGAAGUUGCAAGACAGAGACACUUUUCAUGUACUAAUGGCUUAUAAGAAGCCAAUGAAUAUCAGCAAAAGACCAGGCAACCUGAGACUCAUGCAAAGAAGACAAACCACAUUCUUCUGAAUCUGACUGCAGAUAGAACCACCUCCAGUUGAAUUGUCAGCCUCAUACUUUCUGUCAUAAGCCUCUUCAGAAGACUUUUCAGCACAGUCAUAGGACCUACUUGA